AUGUAUCGAGUGCUAAAAUCAAUUAGCAUACUCUAUAAGAUCGCUUUGUUGUGGCCAUUGUUUUGCAAAGCGGCAGCCACAGUCAGUCCCACACUGAAUGGAACGUCUGUCUUCGGUCGAGCGCAGCUGCAGGCGCAGGCCUUCAAGCCUUUUGAUGCUGAGCGGCACGCACAGCUAACCGGACGUAGUUUUCUCUGCUUGCCCUUUUUUCGUGUAUUCAAUCUGGAGCUGCGGCCGGGCCAGCAGCUGGCAGCGGAUGAGGAGAUCGCCGUCAGCGGGGAUCAUCGUGCGCUAGGCGCCUGGAGCAUUGCCAAGGCGCUGCCAUUGCGUGCCCAGAACAAGCAGCGCAGCAGGUGGUAUCUGCGCCGUUGGAUAUGCGCCAGUCAUCGUGUCUAUUAUCGCUAUCUCGUCUACACGUUGGACGCAGCCGGCGAGCGUGUGUUGCGUCGCUGGGAGGGGCAGCAGGUGCCGCGCAUGCUGCAGACCUUUGAGAUCUAUCGCUCCCCGGGCGUGGACAUUUUCGGCGAGGCCUAUCCGCGCUCGGUGGGCGGCGGGCACUUGCUGGAGCCUGGCUGGCUGCAGCGCGAAUAUGUCAUUGAGCUGAAGUUCGUUUGGGAGCAGCACUUACAAAUCGCCGGGCUGAACAACCAGGAGAAGUUGCGCCUGAAGCUCCGAUCGCUCAGUGUGCUGGACAACGCGCUGAUUGAGGUUUCGCGCUAUGCCUACAAUCGUUCCUCCUUCCGGCCGCAGAGUCGGCUGGGCGUCCGGUAUGCCGCCGGCGCCAUAAUCAUCUAUCGCAUCAGCCAAGCGCUGGAUGUGUCCAAUGCCUUACGCCUAGACAUAUACGGCCUGGAUGGCGGGCAGCUGCCUUUGUGCGAGGCCUAUAUAAUGCCCGAGCAGCUGCGCGGCAGUCGCGGCAUUCUGAAGCUGCCCAUACAGGGUCAGGUCACACAGCAGGUCAUAGGUCAGCUGACGCUGCCCUACUUGGUGGUGCGGCCCAUGCCCAAUGCAGCUGCCAGCAAUUUGCGUGUCAGCUUUCAACGCUACUGGCCCAGCAAUUGGCCCACCCUGGACGUGGGUAAUCGUGGCCUGGGUACCAGUUUUUACCAAACCAGCAAUCAGCUGGUGGAGAACACCAUCGAGAGCUACCUGGCCGUACCCAGGGCCAAAGGCGACAUGGUGCACCUGGACGUGCAAUUGACCAGAGACUAUGUGCCUAUCGUUUGGCGUGGCUUUGGCUUCUUUACCACCAAGCAGGCAACCACACAACCCAUAGUGGAUCGCUUCGAUUUACGCCAUGUGCUCAUCCGGCAGCUGAGCUACGCCGAGCUGAAGGCCAGCCGUGUUUUCAUACUGAAGAGGUGGUCCCUUCAGGAGUACACGCACUUGAACGUGCGUAAUGUGAGCCAGCCACAGCGACUUUUUCCAAAAUUGAAUGAAGUAUACGAGGCGCUGCCCAAGACUCUGGGCCUGAUCGUGGAGAUCAAGUGGCCGCAGCUCAUGGCAUCGGGCGUAAUGGAGUCCACGCAGUCACUCAACAAGAACGUGUUUGUGGACAGGAUUAUAGAGGUCACGGCGCGUUAUGGCUGCGGACGCCCGUUGAUCUUUGCCAGCUUUGAUGCGGAUAUAUGCACCAUGAUACGGCUGAAGCAGACAGCCUUUCCGGUUAUGCUCAUGACCACGGGCCGCACGGACAUCUGGGAUGCCUAUAUGGACCUGAGAACCCAGACUUUUUUGCAAGCCAUCAACUUUGCCGAAAGUGCCGAGCUGCUCGGCACGGCGACGCAUGUCCAAAAUUUUCAGCACAAUCAGCAGCUGGUGGAUCUGGGCCUGGAUCUGCAGCAGGUCGUCUUUAUCUGGGGCAGCGAUCUGCAGGAUGUACAGGAACUGGAACAGUUUCGUGCCAGCGACGUGACUGGCCUGAUCUACGAUCGCAUCGACCGUGUGGGUCCCGCCCAAUGGAAGCGUGCGCCCUUCUUCCAGGCGCCGCAGUUGCUCGAGGUGUUCGGCGGCCAAUGCGUGGCCAUUGGCAACUCGACGACGGUGCCGGGCGCCAAGCCAACGAAGCCCACGAUCUGGCCCAAAAUGCGAAAAUGAGUAAGUUUCCAGUGAUAAAUCUUAUGUGCGUAUCAUAUGGGAGAAUACUUCUUAAAACACGGGG